GGCCCCGGGCCGAGCAUGGCGGGCCGGCCCCGCUGCGAGCUGUGCGGGAGCCGCCCGGCCCCGCGGGUCUGCCCCCGCUGCCGCCUCGUCCGAUACUGCGAUGCCUCUCACCAGGGGGCCGACUGGAACAGCAUCCACGAGAAGAUCUGCCCCCUGCUCAUCCCACCCCAGCCCUGCUUCCACUCAGAGAGGGACAGAAAACACGGCAAGGAGCAGCUGCUGAGGAGGCAGAAAUCCAUCGUGGAGGUGGCUCUCAGGGCUGCCCAGGAGUUCCUUUGGGAAGGGAAGGCCCUGCAAGCCCUCCCCGCAGCCCUGCAGGCCCUUCGCUUCAGCGCCCGCGUGUUCGGCUGGAGCUCCGUGCAGCUGGUGCCCGUUUAUCUCCUCCUGGCUGAGGCCUCCACGGGCACUGGGAAUCUCCGACAGGCAUCCAAGUACCUGUCUGAGGCCGAGUGGAUCGUCCUGCAGACCCCAGACUGCCCUGCUGCUGUGCAGUCCAGGUUACACCGUGGGCUGGGGCUCUUCUGUGUCGCUCAAGGAAACCUUGACGAGGCUUUGUAUCACCUGGCCACUGAUGUUUAUCUUGCUACUUCUGCCUUUGGAGUGGAUGCCAUUGAGGUCUCUGGAGGGUAUUUCCACAUGGCCAACAUUUUCCUCCGCCAGAAUAAAGUGGAUGUGGCAAACUCACUCUACUCUGAGGUGACCAGGCUGUGGCAUUCCUGGCUGCUGAGCUCACUGCAGGAGCACCAGGGACGGCUCCGGUGGCUCCGGGCCCGCGCCGAGGCGGCUCCGUGGGCCGACGAUGAGGAGGUGGCCGAGGACAGGAUGACCAAAGCCCUGCAGGAAGAGGCGACGCGGGUGCUGCAGGCCCUGCUGGGGGUCAGGGAGCAGCAGCAGCUCCCCGAGGAAACAGCCCAAAUCCUGCACGCCCUGGCCAUGCUCCACUACCUGGGCCUGGAUUUGGAGAAGGCCCGGGAGGUGGGGAUGAAAGCCUUCGACCUGGCCAAAGAGCUGCCCCAGCAAGAGUCUCUAGAAACCAUUGGUCACCUGUUGGAGCUGAUUAAUGCCAACUUUUCCCACAUAAAAUAAGAACUGGCUCUGCCAGAUCCAGGUGUUUGGCCAGGUUAUCUCUUCCCAAGGUUCCUGGACACCACAGGCGUCACGAGCCCUCCCUCCUUCUCGCUGCUGCCUCUUCCCAGCUCUUGUUCCCUGGCUGUCCUGAACUCUUUGGAAAGUAAACACUUUGGUCUGAGUUAA